AUGGAUGCUUCUUACAAAAGACCUACUAGAAAGUUAGAUGACGAAGCUCAGGUCCUAUUUGAAAAUCAAGAUGCUAGAGUUAGAGGUGGACACGAUGAAGCACUUAAGACUCUCUAUGAUUAGUCUGUUUCUUUUAAAAAUGAUCUAGCUGAUCUCCGACAGAGAGUUAAGGGGCUCUCAGGUGCUUCUGCAAAGUACAAUGGAAAAGUUGAUGAAUUUGAAGCUGAGUUGAAAGAAUUUGGAAGAAAAAAUGAGCAACUUCAAAAAGAAAAAACAUAUGGAAACAGAAAUAUCCCUGAUAAAUAACAAAACAUAAGGGAUUUGUAGGGUGAAUUCUACAAAAUAUUCAAUAAACACUGA